ACGUUCAAUUUUGUUAUCGACUUCUUCGCCCACUAACCCCUCUUUAUCUAUUCAUCUUCUUCUGCUUCUUCUCCAUUGAUCAAUCUGCCAUCUCUCUCUCAACAUACUUUUUCACUGUUUUUUUUGUAAAGGUUGAGAGAAUACAUACAUACCCUUUUACUUUCUUCCUCCGCCGAUUUCUGGGUUCUGGGUUCUGGGUUUUUCUACUUCGCUGGAAAAUUCUAAAGCUUUCGUCUUUGAUUGAGCUUUCAUUAGCUGUUGAUUGUGAACCAUUCACGUGUAUUAGGCAUUGGGUGGAAGUUGUGAGAAAUUGUUACUGAAUCAUUCUUUGGAGCGGUAUAAUUUGAGAACUGCGUAAAAUGGUUGUAUUUGGGAGUGUUUCUGCGACAAAUGUUGCGUGCCAAAACAGGUUGGUUGAGGGGCUAACAUCUGGUGCUUGUGAGCUAAUGGGGCAUAGUUUUAGAUUUCCUUCUUCUCAAGCCCUCAAGAUAAGAACAAGGAGAAGUGCUGGUCGUUUGCAGGUAGUUUGUGUUGAUUAUCCAAGACCAGAGCUUGAGAACACUGUAAAUUUCUUGGAAGCAGCAACCUUAUCUUCAUCUUUUCGUAGUGCUCCUCGGCCUGAAAAACCUUUGAAAGUUGUCAUUGCUGGUGCAGGAUUGGCGGGAUUGUCUACUGCAAAGUACUUGGCUGAUGCAGGCCACAAACCUUUGUUGCUUGAAGCAAGAGAUGUUCUUGGUGGGAAGGUAGCUGCAUGGCAAGAUGAAGAUGGAGACUGGUAUGAGACAGGAUUACAUAUAUUCUUUGGUGCCUAUCCAAAUGUGCAGAACUUGUUUGGAGAACUCGGAAUCAAUGAUCGGUUACAGUGGAAGGAGCAUUCCAUGAUAUUUGCUAUGCCAAAUAAACCCGGAGAAUUUAGUAGAUUUGAUUUCCCUGAAGUCCUACCAGCACCCUUAAACGGUAUAUGGGCCAUUUUAAGAAACAAUGAAAUGUUAACGUGGCCGGAGAAAGUGAAGUUUGCUAUUGGACUUCUACCGGCUAUGGUUGGUGGGCAGGCUUAUGUUGAGGCUCAAGAUGGUCUAUCAGUUAAAGAAUGGAUGGAAAAACAGGGCGUACCCGAGCGUGUGACUGAUGAAGUAUUCAUUGCAAUGUCAAAGGCAUUAAACUUUAUAAAUCCCGAAGAACUAUCAAUGCAAUGCAUAUUGAUAGCCUUGAACAGGUUUCUUCAAGAAAAACACGGUUCCAAGAUGGCAUUUUUGGAUGGUAACCCCCCGGAGAGGCUCUGCAUGCCCAUUGUGGAUCACAUUCGGUCAUUAGGUGGGGAAGUACGACUAAAUUCUAGAAUAAAGAAAAUCGAGCUCAAUAAAGACAGGACAGUUAAGAGUUUUGUACUCAGUGAUGGAGCCAAUAUCGAAGGUGACGCCUACGUGUUUGCAACUCCAGUUGAUAUCCUGAAGCUCCUUUUGCCGGAUACCUGGAAAGAAUUAUCAUACUUCAGGGGGUUGGAGAAGUUAGUUGGAGUUCCGGUUAUUAAUGUUCAUAUAUGGUUUGACAGAAAACUGAAGAACACAUAUGAUCACCUACUUUUUAGCAGAAGUGCCCUCUUGAGUGUAUACGCUGAUAUGUCGUUAGCUUGUAAGGAAUAUUACGAUCCCAACCGGUCGAUGCUGGAAUUGGUUUUUGCUCCGGCGGCAGAAUGGAUCUCGCGCAGCGACUCUGAUAUCAUUGAAGCAACGAUGAAGGAACUCGAAAGGCUCUUCCCUGAUGAGAUUACAGCUGACCAGAGCAAAGCCAAAAUCUUGAAAUACAAAGUCGUUAAAACUCCGAGGUCCGUGUACAAGACAGUACCGAACUGCGAACCUUGUAGGCCUUUACAAAGAUCUCCUAUACAAGGAUUCUACUUGGCCGGAGACUACACUAAACAGAAGUACUUGGCGUCAAUGGAAGGUGCCGUCCUCUCUGGGAAGUUCUGUGCUCAGUCUAUAGUUCAGGAUUGCGAGCUUUUGGCUGCUUCCGGGCCAAGGAAGUUGACAGAGGCAACUGUUUUGUGAAGUCCUUUUUACUGCUUGUUGAAGAAUCUGAUCAAACUUGUGUGUAGAUCUCUUGCAAAGGAAAUGUAUGUAUCCAUUUUUCCUUGUUCUAUAAAAUAAUAACAUAUCAUAUCACAUACACAUACAUGUUACACAUAUACGCACAUAUAUACAUGUGUGUAUCUACAUCUGUAUAAGCAUGUGCAUAAACGUGUAUGGAUGUGUAUAUGUAUACAUGCAUUUUUUCUGUGUUCUUUUAUGAUGAGAUUUUUUGUUGGUGCAACGCUA